AUGAGACAGUACAUUCCAGAUAGUUUGUCUGAUAAAGUUAUCAGGCUCUACCGAAAAGACACAACCGAGUAUGUAAUACAUGAGACGACGAAUAACACGUCAGGAACAAAUUGCCAUAAAGAGAGACAGGAGGUGCAUAACCACGAAUUGGGUGUAAUUACAGAUGAAGAGGUAGAGAUGGAAAUGUCCAUAUCGCCCCUCAUGAUGCUUAUGGAGGAAUGCAAAAAGCAAUAG